AUGCGUUCCUUGUCGUCUGUCGCCAUCCUGUCCGCGAUAGGAGCUGCCUCCGCUCAGGCCGGUCCCUGGGGACAAUGCGGAGGCCUCUCUUAUUCCGGCCCUACUACUUGUGAAUCUGGCUGGGGCUGUGUUUAUCUCAAUGACUGGUACAGCCAGUGCCAGCCUGGAGCUACUUCCAGGGCGGCCUCAACAACCUUGACUGCUGUCCCAACUAAGGAUCAUUCGUCGACAGUUACUCCCACCUCUUCGACCUCUACUCCUCCUACCAAUCCCACAGGCAGCAGCUCUUUCGCUAAGACGGACGGACUGAAAUUCAACAUCGACGGCGAGACCAAGUACUUUGCCGGCACGAACUCAUAUUGGCUGCCGUUCCUGACCAAAAAUGACGAUGUCGACUCUGUUUUUGACCAUCUGCGGCAGUCCGGCCUGAAGAUCCUCCGUAUCUGGGGUUUCAACGACGUUAACUCGGUCCCCAAUUCUGGAACUGUAUACUUCCAGCUGCACGACAAGGCAACUGGCACCAGCACCAUUAACACUGGAGCUGAUGGCCUCCAGCGCCUGGACUAUGUUGUCUCCGCUGCUGAGAAGUACGGCAUCAAGCUGAUCAUUCCUUUCGUCAACAACUGGAAUGACUAUGGUGGCAUGAACGCCUACGUCAAUGCCUAUGGUGGCACCAAGGAGGGCUGGUACACCAACGAGAAGAUCCAGAGCGUGUACCGGACCUACAUCAAGGCCGUUGUUUCUCGCUACAGGGAUUCUCCUGCCAUCUUCGCAUGGGAGUUAGGUAAUGAGCCCCGCUGCCAGAACUGCAACACCGAUGUCAUCUACAACUGGGCUGCUAAGACCAGCGCUUACAUCAAGUCUCUGGAUCCCAACCACAUGGUCACCACUGGUGAAGAGGGCAUGGGUUUGACCGUCGAUUCUGAUGGCUCCUAUCCCUACUCCAGUUAUGAGGGUAAUGACUUCGCCAAGAACCUUGCAAUCCCCGACAUUGACUUUGGAGUCUACCACCUCUAUGUUGCUGACUGGGGAAUUUCUGACAACUCCUGGGGAAACACCUGGAUUAAAUCCCACGCCAAAGUCUGCGAGGCUGCUGGAAAGCCCUGUUUGUUUGAGGAGUACGGUAUCAAGGACAACCACUGCGGUGACUCGCUCCAGUGGCAGAAGACCUCCCUGGCCACCACCGGCAACUCUGCGGAUCUCUUCUGGCAGUAUGGCCAGCAGCUGUCCACCGGUGCCUCGCCCAACGAUCACUACACGAUCUACUACGGCAGUGACGACUGGAAGUGUGCUGUUAUCGACCACGUUAGCCAGAUUUACUCGACGAAGCCCGUUUAG